UCCUUUGACUUGCUGUGUUGCAAUCGGCCAAUUAGUGAACACGAUGAUCCGGCGCCAAAGCCGCGAGCACCGUGAUGCCAGUACCAACGUGUUCGGCUGUAUGCUAUGCAGUGUUGAGUCGUGACGUUCAAUUGACGUUUCUCCAAAACUUGCCGAGCACUGAGCAGCUCAAUUCCUUCCCUUGUACUUACACUGCGAGUUCCCUCUGCAAGGCUUAUCCGUAUCCACCAUGUCACUCAUCUUCACAAUUUUCGCGCUUGUCUUUCUCACUGAGCUCAUCUCAUGGAUUGGCAAAACUGUCCUGCUUGAAUUUGCAUGGGGUCUCUACUGCAGAAUCUUCAUGAAUGCCUCAUACGCUCGACAACGCCAGCUGAAAGUCGAGCUUCUUACGGCGAAGAAAGAGCUGCUGCAAACGAGCGCGCAAGAUCAAUUUGCCAAGUGGGCGAAGCUGAGAAGGAGUGUUGACAAAAGACUAGCAGAGCUCGAGAAGCUCAAUGGGGACCUUGCAUCCAGCAAGACUGCAUUCUCAGUCAAGUUCAAUACUCUGAUGUGGGUCUUUACGACAGGACUGUCGUUCUUCGUUGGUUGGUGGUACAGAAAGGCUGCAGUAUUCUACUUGCCUUCUGGUUGGCUUGGCCCACUUGCCUGGUGGAUGUCAUUCCCUUUCGCACCUAAAGGCUCUGUGAGCGUAGGGGUGUGGCAAAUGGCGUGCCGUAGAGUGAUUAAAGUUGGAGAGCGCACGGUGAAAAAUAUCCUUGCGCCUUCGGAACCCGUCGCUGUCCCAGUUGGAAUGGAGACCAGCUCUAAGACCUCGUGAUAAGGAGUAUGAGCGGAUCCCCGUAGGAGAUCCAGCAACAAUGUUCUUAUGGUGAUCUGUAGGCUUUAUGUGUCGUGGAUCCGACCGUUUGUACUCCGCGUUCAAUUUCAGUUUCACGUAAUUGCGUGGUUGUUGCAGAAAUAAACACAUGCUCAGAAUGACGUCGGCUCGGAACGACCAGCGGU